CCUGUGCCUACUAUAUUUAUUAGAAGUGUGGGUUAUAAUUUAUAGCCAGUAGGUGGCGCGCGCGGAUGAGUUUCAGCACCGUGUGCGCGAGUCUUCCGAAGCACGCAGGUCAGUGUGGUUUGUGCGCAGAGGGAUGAAGGAGUGCAGGACCAAGUUUGCGUCCUCGCACCAUGGCAUUUCUUUUCCUAAGGUUUUACCUACAUUUCUAAAGAUCUACCCGAACUGCAAGCAACUUUUCUCCAAAAAACCUUCAAUCCUCUGUGGAAAUUGAAUAGAUACGUGCGCAUCUGGAUCUGGAUUCGGUAAAGCUGAGAACUUGGAAGUGGAGCAACUGACGCUUGUUCCUGUCCUACUAAAGUGAUUAUGUUAUUGAGCUGCUCAUGAAUGAUAUUGUUUCUCAGGAGCGGUAUUUUCAGUGCAUGAGUGGGAGUGUGUGUAAAUCAGAGUGACCUGUACAUCCGCUCUAUAUUUGGCCGGACAUCAUCAGGGUCUGUCCGUGCCAUGUACCUCCUCCAUCUGGCCAUCAUGGAUUUCAACCAUUGAAGGAAAAGUGCUUGAUAUCAAAACCUGUCUUGUUUGACCCCACCAUUUAGUUUACCGUUCAAGACCGUCUGUUUCAUCAUGGGAACCGCUUUGUCUCUGUCUCCGGGUCCCCAAAAAUCUGAUUACUAUGACGACCGGCCGAACUCCCUCAGCCGAUACCCGAGCUUGAGCAGCCGCUCUUUGACCACUCAGAAAGAACACGGGCUCAAACCACGAGGACAAUCUCUCUUCCUGCCUGCCCUCACAUGGAAACGUCUGGUGGCCUCAACUAAGAAACGAAGUUCCUCCAAAAAAGGGUUCCCCAACAGCCAAGGAGCAAUCGGAGCUCCACUUCACAACAACAACCACAUCUACCAGAAGGACCCAGUCUUACACCUGAACCGGGAGAAUGUAAAAAAGUCUCUUUCGUGUGCAAAUCUUUCAAGUUAUGACGGUCCAGCAGGUCUGGGCUUGGGAAUGGGGGAACUUGGCUAUGUUAAGCCACAGCAGCUUUCCUCACUCAAAAAGGUUUCUCAUGGAAUCGCUUCUCCGAAACGUGUGAUUGUCCAAGCAUCUACAAGUGAGCUCCUGAGAUGUUUGGGUGAAUUUCUAUGCGGACGAUGUUAUCGACUUAAGCUCCUUUCCCCAUCAGAUCCGGUUCUUUGGCUACGUGCUGUAGAUCGUUCACUUCUGCUCCAGGGCUGGCAGGACCAAGCCUUUGUGACGCCAGCAAACGUAGUAUUUAUUUAUAUGUUGUGCCGGGAUGUGGUGGACGGCGAAGUUGUGUCCUCAGAACACGAACUCCAAGCUGUCCUUCUCACCUGCCUCUACCUGUCAUACUCAUAUAUGGGCAAUGAGAUCUCCUACCCACUCAAGCCCUUUCUGGUGGAGGCAGCUAAGGAGGCAUUUUGGGACCGGUGCCUGACCAUUAUCAAUGCCAUGAGUGCCAAGAUGCUGCGCAUUAAUGCGGACCCACAUUUUUUCACUCAGGUAUUUGCUGAACUGAAAAGCGAAGGUGGAUGCGGAUUGCAGGAUUAUGGACGAUUGCUGGAUCGGUGAGUGGACAAGGAGACGUCCUCCUUCUCUGCAUCCCCAGUAGUAACCUUUGUGUUCUUCUCCGAGUCCUUUUCUGAAGAAUCAGUGUCUUUUAAAAACCACUGCGGUGUAAAGAUCUGUAGGGUCACACUAAUUCAGUCCAUCGCCGUUGGGUCACAGUGUGUUGGACAUUUGUUCUUGUUUCAACUCUGAUAUCGACCUCAUAGACGUUAAAACUGGAUAGGAUUGGUUUAUUUUUCAUUUUAGACAGACAUGAGGUGCCUUGAAAGAGAAGUAUUGUGAAGACGUUUUGCAAAUCCGCCUGCAUUUCGAACACGUGAUCAAAUGGCUUUGGGUCAGUCGGUUGGAAGCAGUGUUUCACCAACUGCAAGGGAUCCUGAUACGGUUUUUGGGUAUUGUGUUUUUCCCGUCUUUCUUAUACGAAAGCACUGGAUUAGAGAUGGAACGGAUGUUAAAGACAUCAAGCUGCUCACCGUUGACACACGCCUGCCACAUCUACUACCUGAGCCGUUCUAAAGCCUGAAUCUCAGCCUAAAAUGAUACACAUAACCAAUGGCACAUGCCUGAUAAUACUUGACCAAUGGGUAGUCCAUUUUGAGUUUUGCGAAACUGUUCAUCUUCAUGGAAGAAACACUAGUCCAUUAGUCCAUCUAUCCCUUGGCAAAAUGUUAGCAGACCUCAAAGUUUUCUGGGAACACUUCAGAGGACAAGACCAUGAGGAAAACCUUUUCCCCAAAGUCUAUAUUUUAUAUCCAGUGUGGUUAACGAUGCAUUUGAUGACACCAUCCUUCAAAACACAAUAGCAAAAAGAUGAUAAUGCAAAAAUGAUACAACUAAAUUGACGCUGCACCAAAUCUGGAGACCAGUUAACCUAAGUGCAUUCAUCAGCUGUUUAAUGUGAUUUUUCUGUAAGAAAAUCCAAGUGGAAUGACUUUGUGUGGAGAGCAGUACUGUGUUGUCCAUCCUUAUGUUUAUAAAUCCAGAAUUAAGGUGCUGUGGCAUUAAUAGGAUUAACCGAUUACCAACCCACACAUAGAUACACAGCACUUGUUCUUACUGCCAGGCGAUCCUGCUUGCAGGGCUAAUCCAUACCGCUUGGUCAAUGUGUGUUUGUUCCAAGCCUUUCUGUGUCACGCGUCUGUUCUCUCCUGCAGUACCUAGCUGAGGCUGAUGGUCAGCGAAAAUCUGUGUGUGUGUGUGUGUGUUUGACAGCACAUGCUUUGGGGAGGAAGGAAGUGUAUUUUGGGUGAAGGGGAUUUGAAGCGAUGAGUUCAGGCAUUUCUGAAAGCUGUCAGGCCACUGUGGUCAUACACAGCUGACUUUUCUCCAGGUGCCUGUCCUAAAUGAAAAGGGCACAGGGAUUUUCAGUGAGUUUUAGUGAGCUUUGAGCCUUUAGAGACACAGUCUGUACCCUUCUCAACAGAACAACUCACAGAUGAGAGCAUGUUCAUGUAACUUAGAGUUUCAGAUUCUUUGAAUAUAGCCAGGUUUCAGUGACAGGCGUCUAAAACUCCUCUUAACUUUAAUCCCAGGUCUACUUUUUAAAAGAAAGUAAUUAUACAUUAACACAUGUCUGAACCACAUUUUGAACAAGUAGCUGUUUUGGGUCAGAGCAUGAAUUUGACACAGCAGCACGUGGCUUUGCACUUAAACGUUAAUCUGAUUGUGCUUUACUCUGGUGCCUCAGGAGGCAUUGCCCUCUACCCAGCCCUCUCAUCUCAUAGGAAUAUAAAAAAAAUCAUAAACUCAAUCCAUUUCACUCAUGCAUUGGAUUUAAAAGAGCACUCAAGCCAAAACGUGUGGACACACACACACACACACACACACACACACACACACACACACACAUAAUCUGUUAAUCUAUUUCUCCCCCAGUCAAGAACAAAAAAGAUGAAAAUGCACCAAAUAUGUGAAUCAGAUCAACAGAGAUUUCUGUUUGUUCUCAGUUCAGCCUGGGUCACCAGCACCGCCACCGGCUCCGACACACACACAACACACACACACACGUGCUCGAUCUGGUGCCAAGCGGUACAGUUAUGAACUAUCCAUAUAAACAGCCAAAACUCAAAAAGCAGCAUUUGAGUGAAAACAACAAGCCACGUUUUACUGCAUUAAAUCAUUAAAGCUGGUUUAUGUUUCCUUAACAACUUCCACUGGAAUUGGCCAAUGCUCACGUUAAAUUGCUUAUUUUUUAAUUAUUAAAUGUAGUAUUCUUUUAAGGUUUAGAGCUCCUUCUGAUUGUAAUUUCAUUGCAGUUAACACCCACACCUUUUCCCCAGCCAGCAUUAUCCUCCCAUAUGUUUUGCAUUGCCUUUUAAACAGAUCAGAUUCACCUGCCUCCCCACAUAAUGACAUUUAAGCCUUUCCUUCACCACUUCCUCAAGAUAUAGCAAUGCUUCCUAAGUCGAAUUCAUUUUUUCACAUCCUCAUCUGAACACUCGAACAGAUCAGCUUCAUGCUAAUACCAUCAAUGUCUUUGCAAUUAUCAUCCUGUAGAUUGCUAACUAGCCUAGCUAAAGGUUUGAAAAUUCUGGACCAACCAUGUAGCAUCAAAAUAAAUAAAAACAUAGUAAAUAUUUUGAAAUAUCAACACAAGUCACGAGUGGAAAAUCACCACAAAGUAUCAAUAAGGAAGUAUAGAUAUAACCUGUGGGUAAGGCUUGAAGACAUGACCUAGCUCACCUGUAUACUGUACAUUAUUUUUGGUUUCUGAGGGUCUAUUAGGGAGGAGGAGAAAGAGCAUGAAAGGGGUUGUAUUGUCAGGAAAAGACUUCUGUUGACUUCUAUAAUUUAUACAAAACAGCAUAGUAUACAGUUUAUGCUAAAAACAGUUAUGUUUACAGCGUGUAUUCUAAAACCUCAGGUGUUCUGCUGUCACACUGUUGCAUUGUCCAUCACAUUUGACAUUCUUCCCCCAAACACACGCUUCUUGUUUCUUGCCUGACUAAACCGAUUCAAACUCAGCCUCAUUGUGCAGGGAGAGGACAGACGGAGUGGUGUUCGCGUUCGGGGUGAUAUGUGAAGGCCCCCUCUAUUAGAGCUGUAUAGGGCUCUGUUAGGGAUCGCUGAAUCCGCAACGACUUCUAUUUCCACUUGGAUUCUCGUGUCUGGUUAGCAUUAGCUCAUGGUCUGGGGUUUAUCUUUGCUUUUUAAAUUGUUUAUUCACUGUAUCUAUCCCAUACAGUAUUUAGACUAGCUGUCUACAGUGUCGGACUGUCCAGACCAUGGGAUAAAAUAUUAUAAGCCAACAUCUGCUUACAUCUUGUCAUGGGAAAAUGAAACAUCUGUUCCUUUUGCUGUCAUGUCAGUGAUGUUUAUGAGCCAGAAUGGCGAUCAAAAAUAAUAAAUCAACAAUCAUUGUUUCAUUUGGGCAAUGAAUCAUGUGCCCUUGUGGUAUCACACCUUAGCCCUCUCUUUUUAAAACCAGAGACUUCAUACAUUUAAAAGACACUCCACAGGACGGAUUUAAAGACUGGGGUCAAAGGCAGGACGGCACUAUUGAAGAACGGACAGAUUGGAUUUACUCAAGGACAUUUCGCUUUGUGCUAUGGCUGUUUUUCGAGCACAAAUAAUAUUACGUCUGGCCUCAGCGAGAGACUCAGGAUUUAUGUUGUAUUUAAGGUCAACUCCACACUGCAAGGUGCCAUUACUCCAUGAGUUGUGGUUACACAUCGAUGUUUUCACUGCUGCUACAUAUUUAUGUGCAUAAAUCAGUAGAAUUAAAUACGACACUGUGUAGAGUAGAAAUGAAAUGUUUAUAUGUCACUAUGUAGCACAAAAAAAGAAAGGAAAAAAAGAAAAAUUGUAGGUAUAAUAUGGAUUGUACUGUGUACUACUACUGUAAUGGUGCGGAUGCUGAUAGUUUCUUUUUAAUUACUGUUCUUUUUUGUUCAUUUUUGUAUUGGUUUUUGAAUGUAUGUUUAUUUAAAAUUAGGGUUAUCCCAGUGAUCUUGGAGAACUGACAGUCAGCAGUAUUAGUGUUGACGAUAGAUCAUUCUGUUCAUGAAUAAUAACGAUGCAAACGGUAUCUCAGACAUAUUUGGACUUUUUUCUUCUCCAUAUCUUUUUUUUGUGUAUGUGAAACAUGAAGCAGAUUAUCAAGGAGCCUGUGCGUCUGAGAGUGUAGGAUUAAAAAUAAUAAAAUACAGGAAGGGCAGUAAUACUGUUUCUCACUUCCUUGCUAAAAUGGUGCAAGGACACAAACAUUUUCAGACAUGUUUGCACAAUGUCAUACACAGAAACACUGAUGUGCACUGGGCUAGGUGUGAAAGAUAUGUUAGAGUUGUUUAGAGUUAGUGACCAGUGCGUAUACACACACACACACACACACACACACACACACACACACACACACACACACACACACAGUUUAAACACUGUAUUUAUUUAAGAAACAGCCUGUAUUACGAAAAGAAAAAAAAAUGCAUCCUUAUCUGCAGAACUGACCCACGACUUCCGAAUACAAAGCACACUUGCAUCAAGCACUACAGCAUUCUAAUACAACAAAUAACCAGAAUACACAGUGUUAUAGAGCCUGGGAGAAUCACAACUUUGGUGCUACAGCUCUAAAAGAAAGGAAUAAGACACUUGGGAUGUACUGAUUGGCAACAUUAUUGAUUAAAUCCUAUGUUUAAUCAAAUUACAUGGUUUUAUACAUGAAAUGCUGGGCAGUGUCCAAGAAACAAAUACGUUCCUCAUACAGUAUCGCUUAUGUUAUAGCAGUUAAUAACAGACGUCUUCACACCAGCCGCUCUAUUGCCGCACAUAAUCAAAGCUUGUCAUGUUAUCAAGUGAAGCCCUCUCCUAAAGACUUUCCUGUGGCUGAAAACCUAUAGUUUACCUCUACACAACACAAAACAACACUGGAAUCUCCUUCGAAAAUAAACAAAUGUUUUAUCCAAAGAAACCUCACCAUAUCAACAAUUUCUUUUUUUUUUUCUUUCUACAUACACGGAGAGUAUUCCAUACAAGCCCUUCUGUAAGUUACUAUAAAAACAAUAACAUAUAAAAAAUGAACCUCUAUGAACCUGUCAAAUUUGCUGAAAAUAAAACCAAACAGAUAGAUGAAUUCAACCAUGCUGUGUGGAUCAUUUUAAAAUAAAACCAGGAAUGGCAAUCUUGAUGGCCAUUGCAGACGACUGGUAACCAACGAUCUUUACCUGCAAUAUAUCAGGAAAGUGUUUGUUAAGACUGUAUAUAUUUUGAAGCGUCGU